CAAUUUUAAGUUAAAAAAAAAAGAAGCCCUUAUACUCUUUUUGUUGUUGUCUUUGAACGUAUACUACGCUAACUUCUCUUUCCCGAAUCUUUUCCAAUCUCCCUUCGCCGAUCCUUCGCGCGUUCCGCCACCACCUCCGCCGUUCUCAGCUCCCCGCUUCCGGAAAAUUAUGUAUAGUGUUUUCUUGGCUGCUUCAUAGUCCUCCCUCCCUUGCCACCGGUGAAUAUUUGAUUGGCAAUCCUGUCCUUAUUAGUCAAGUUUUAGAAUACAAAGAAGCUUCAAUGGCCAAGAAACCAGGACCAAGAUCCAGUAAAUUGUCAGUGUACCUUUACAUUCCUAAUAUAAUUGGAUACAUCCGGGUUCUUUUAAACUGUUUUGCCUUCUCCCAAUGUUUAUCAAACAAAAUCUUAUUCUCUAUUCUGUAUUUUUUAAGCUUUGUAUGUGAUGCUGUUGAUGGCUGGUGUGCCCGCAAAUUUAAUCAAGUGUCAACCUUUGGAGCUGUGCUGGACAUGGUAACAGACAGAAUUAGCACUGCUUGUCUACUUGUAGUCCUUUCCCAACUGUACAAGCCUGGCCUUAGCUUCUUGUCAUUGCUCGCUUUAGAUAUUGCCAGCCACUGGCUGCAAAUGUACAGCACAUUCUUGACGGGAAAGACUAGUCAUAAAGAUGUAAAAGACAGCAGCAGCUGGCUUUUCAGGGCAUACUAUGGAAAUAGGAUGUUUAUGGCUUACUGCUGUGUCUCAUGUGAGGUUCUUUACUUAAUCCUGUUUUAUCUUGCCGAGAAUCAAACAGAGAAACUGGUUGACGUUAUAUCAAGUAAUUUACAAAAGAUAUCAUUCCUUUCUCUUCUAAUGGGUACUAGUUUAUUUGGAUGGGCAGUCAAGCAAAUUAUAAAUGUUAUCCAGAUGAAGACAGCAGCAGAUGCGUGUGUGCUUUAUGACAUCGAAAAAGAACACAAGAACUGAUGUUUCUUCCACGACCAGGAUCCCCUUGUCUUUGUUUUUCAGUACCAUGUGCGCUCAAAGAUUAAUAUGAAUUAUCCCAGAUGGCAAUUGGGCUUGAAUUGUUCAGUUUUCUAUAAUUUGUAAUGAAAGAAAAAUAACAUACUGAACUGAAGAAUCUACCUUUCUAUAUAGCAAAAAGAUUCUGUAGCGCAAGGUUCAGUUCUUUUUUGUUUAGCCAUUGUUAAUCACACUGCGACGCUAAGAAAGAUUUGUUCAGUUUUGAAAUUGCAAAUCCUUUUAUAGGAUUGGCUGAUCGUGUACUUACUGCUUGUACUUGCAUGCGUUUGAUGAAUUGACACGAUGUCAUGCCAUAUGUUCUAAUUCU